CGACAGUAGAAUUAAAUAUUAAUUCAACAGGCUCAGAUAUCAAAUUGACUGCAUCUAUGUACUUUAAGACCGCGUCCAUUAGAUAGCAAUGCCUGACCGAACCCGCGAUGGCACGUCAGUCACCUACGACUGCUUCUAAGUGAGCGUAAGCCUGUCAAAUCGACAACCAUGAGAUCGAAGAUCACACCGACUUAAGCACAUAGACCGAACAAUGUAUCCCAUAGCCAUCCAUACGUGGGCCUCAUGCUUGAUGUCUCAUUUCCCUGAUGUAGCGGGAGCGUCUCAAUCUGAAGAAGAUCGCGUCGCUUUUGCGCAGAAAACGCCAGGUGGAAAACCAAAUGCUUUCGAAAAGGGAGCUACGAUACAUUGUGAUACAUACGUACUAGACAGUAUGUACACCUUUUGAACAACGCUCUUACAUGUCCAGGCGUUGUAAAUUAAUAGCCUACCCCAUCCGUAUACACUUCCAGUUCUGGCGAAAUAAAAGCUUUCACUCGCAUUUUCAUUUUUACCUUGACAUUCACAUCCGUCGGAAAGCCCAAUGGCUCUGCAGCAAAUCGUCCUGUUUCUCGUUUUUUCGUGCAUUGUAUCGGCAUCAGCCAUUUAUCAAGGCUUCGGUACAGUUUACACGCUUACCUCGCCUUUUAACGGAAAUUGCAAUUUCAUGCAUACGCCUGACAGAGCAGCAACUAAGUACGCUGCACUUAAUACCGAACAAUGGGAAGAAACCAUGAAUUGUGGACGGUGCAUUGAAGUUUCGUGCACUGACCCAACAUGUGCAGGCCGACCGUCGGAGGUCGUGCACAUUUUGGACCAAUGUCCUGGGUGUGGAUAUGGUGGCUUGGAUCUGUCGCC